AUGCCCACCGUCUGCUGCCGCUGCAAAACCAACAACUGUCAAGGAGCUCUCAUCCCAGCACACACCGCUCGUGCACAUGAGCGUGCAGAUCUACAUAACCAAACUACUUCUGAACAGGGUAACUUCCAGCAUAUCGGUGAAUGCAUCAUCCUGGGCCCUCAUGAAGAUGCUGGACCCAUUCUGCGAGGGUUUGCAGUCCCGUUACGCGAACCUCCAACUCCGAUAUCUCCCAACUUCGAGUUUUACGACUUCCCUCCGGAUUUGGAUGACAUGGUGCUGGACACCGGGUAUGAGCCUGAGGACCUUGGCUCUGAGAGACCAGGGGAUCCAUUGCCCUAUUUUGGCCGCAAUAUUCAGACUCCUGAGACCUUGCUUGCUGCUAUUGACCACUUCGACAGAUACAACGCAGCUACAGCUGCUGGCUCGCGUCCUUUGACUCCCCAUGAUGCCCACAAUCUCCCGCGAGAUCAAGAAGAGCACAAUAUCCAAUACCAACUCCAACAGGCCAUACAACAUGCUGAAGAAAAUCCAGAUCUCGAUCAGGACAUUGAUCCUGAUACAAAUCCUCUUGAAGAUGUUGACGAGUACCAGGACAUACUAGGCGAAGCUCAACCUGCUGAAGACGAUACUGAUCCUUUCUUCAUUGUAGAUGGACUUUGUGCAGAAGACACAACUGAUCUCACGCACCUCCCAGGUCACCUUGUCUCGAUUUAUGCAGUCGUGUCAUGGCUCCAUUUGCAGUUCCACCUCCCAAAAGUUGCAUGCAACGCGCUGCUGGCCAUAUUUGCAUGUAUUCUACUCACCCUUUCACCCAAUAUAGAACCUCCAUUUGUCACCCUGCAAUCCAGCAAUCGCGUACUUGGAGUCGACAAACCUAUAUACACUCUCCCCGUUUGUCCACCAUGUCGGGACGUGUUUCCACCUGCAUGCUCCCCGCAAUCUCAUGAUCAAUGUACCUUGUGCAACGAGGACCUCUUCCUACCUGACAAGACUGCAUGCGGCAACCAGCGCUCCCUCAAGUCACCACUAAUCAAAUACCCUUACCUCCCACUCUCUGAUCAAAUCAAGUCGCUACUCAAAGUUCCAGGCCUCGAAUCUAUCCUUGAUGGCUGGUGUUCUAAGCCACGAUCUCCGAAUCAGUACAUUGAUAUAUUCGACGGCAGUGUAUGCAAGACUAAACUGAAGGCACCGGACGGUAAACUUUUUUUUUCAAACCUUCCCCAUGAAAAAGCUGGUCCGGAUGGAGAACUUCAUGUUGGAGUUAAUCUCGGUGUCGAUUGGUUCUCAUACAUACGAAGUAAUAUAGCGCCGUCACAUUCGUCAUGCCUGACUUCCUUUUCCAUCUGCAACCUUCCACCCAAAUACCGGUAUCGCACAUCUAAUUUGAUGUGCACCAGCAUUCUUCCUGGCCCCAAGGAGCAAAAUCUGGAUCAAAUCCAGCAGUUUCUCCGACCCAAUCGUUUCGGACCUCCUUCGAUUAUGGAAAGAUGGCAUUAA